GGUUCCCACAGACCGGACCGGACUGAACCAGGACUGAACCAGGACUAAACCAGGACUAAACCAGUACCAGAGACUAAACCGGUACCAGUACCAGGGACUGAACCAGUACCAAGGACUAAAUCAGGACCAGGACCAGAGGCUGAACCAGGACCAGGAUCAGAGAUGGACAGCGGCCGUCGCUCCCAGCUGUAGGUCAGGGAUGGCCUCGCUGCUUCCUGGAUGUGGAGGAGACCAAACCUGUUCCAGAGCUCAUGUUGGUCGUCAUGGCCGCGCUGGAUGGAAGCACGCCGAUUGAGACGCUGCUGGCAGCCAUCCAUCUGGAGAGGUACCUGGACACCUUCCGUAGAGCCGGUCUCCUAUUGGCUAGAGACUUCACACACCUGGAUCAUGACGCCUUGGUCAGCCUGGGAGUAGCCGCCACAGGACACAGGAAGAGAAUCCUACGAUUGGUCAGUUACAUUCAGAGGACAGAAGCUCAAAGAGCCAAUCAGAAAGCAGGGACUGAUCUCCCACGUGACCGCUGUCAGUCCGUGACGGAACGAGGUCACAGCGCCGCGUCAAGACCCGAACACUUCGAGACGUUAAGGAACAGUUCGGUGCCGAACCUCGCCGCCAUGCUGACCAACUCUGAGUCCAACAGAACUGUGAUGAAGCCGGUUCCCAAACCCAGAACCGUCUUCAACCGCCGCCGGACCACACCCGUCCACUUCUGCCCCAACCCCGACCCUGCACCGCCGCUGCCCAGGAGGCUCUCCCAGGAGUCUGUUUCUGGAAUCUGUUUAACUGUUAUCGAGGGUCUGAACUCAGGAGACACGCCAGCGCCUGCCAACAGGUUGACCUCUGACCUCAACCAGAAGUCAGCCAACCGCAGAGCGAGCCAAGAGAAGCUGAGGGCGAGUCGCAGCUUGUCUCUAACGGACUCUGGUGGGUUGUUGCCUCCUGUUCCCCCGAGGCUGAACCGCGUAGUCUCUCCCGCCACAUUCCAGGGUUCCCCACCUUCUUCGUCUUCUUCUUCACCUGUACGGACAGACCAGAACCAGACACCUCCUGUGUCUUCAUUGACUUCCUCUCCCAGUAGUCUUGACAACAGGAGGCUCUCCGGUUCCUCGCCGUUGGGUUCACCCAGGGGAGGUGGCAUGGAGAUGGUCUCUAAUGAGAUCUACUGGGGCACUUUGCCUGGGUCUACUGCCCCCAGUGGAGGGAGGAGUCACUGCAGCCAGCAGUCAGCUCCUCCGACUCCUCCAAGACAAACUCCUCACAGGAACCUCGAGAGGAACAGUGGCAGCACUUUAAGUAACAACUCCUCAGGUUCAGCCAGAGCUUCGACAGACGACCCAGAGGAGGAGAUCAGCCCUUACUGUGAAACUGUCUUCCAAACCAGAAGGACUCCACAGAUGUGUGAGAGUGAGAGAAACCGACUGGAAGGAACAAAGAGGGAGGACGAAAGACACCUAGAGGAUCAUGGGAGUCACAAGCUUUCCUGGACGAGGCGUUUGUCUCAGGCUCUUCACUCCGGAGACUCUCAGGGUUACAGCACCGUCGGUGAAGCUCCACCCCCCCUGCGCAGCCUCACCUUGCCCACCCACACCUUCCCAUCAGAGAAUGAAGAGGAUCUGAUCAUCUCCCCCUACGCCAGCUACACCUCCCUGACCGAGAGAGCCCCGCCCAUCAUCAGUGGUUGGCUGGACAAGCUGUCACCGCAGGGGAACUAUGUUUUCCAGAAGCGCUAUGUGAAGUUUGACGGUAAAAACUUGAUGUACUUCGGCAGCGAGAAGGACAUCUACCCUAAAGGAGUCGUCCCAUUGGCUGCCAUUCAGAUGGCCCGCCCCGCCAAAGACAACAAAUUCGAAAUCGUGACGAGUCAUAGGAUCUUUGUCUUCAGGGCUGAUAAUGAAGUGCUGAGGCGCCGCUGGGUCUCCACGCUGCAGGAACACGUCAGAGAUCAGCUGGUGUUUGGUCGGCGGCGUUUCGGUCCCGGGUCUCACUGUCAGAAACACGGAGGCCUCGAGCUGAAAGGAACCAAAUCCAAAGUGUACGCGGCCAUCAACACGGAGCAGAUCUGGCUUUAUAAGAGCGAACAGUGUUUUCGUAAUGGAAUCGGCAUCACGCUGAUCGAAGCUCGCGGAUCGACGAUCAGAGAUGGAAAACACAAGAGCUUCGACCUCAUCACGCCGUACAAAACCUUCAGCUUCACGGCUGAGUCGGACCCGGAGAAGCCGACUGGCCUCCUCCACUAA